AUGACUCAAAUCAUUUCGUCAGAGGGGUGUAAGCCCUAUGAUCCAUUCAACCCUCAUACUGGACAAGAUCAAAUUUACGUACAGUUGGUGCUAUCCUUUGUACUCGGUACUGUCGCGUUCAUUAGUUUUUGCUUCCUUCGCACAAGAUGGAAAAGUUUAUAUGCUGGACGAAAACAACAAAAUGGGACUAUCGACUGUCUACCCGAUCUACCUGACUCAUUUUUUGGGUGGAUUCCGGUACUCUACAAUGUGACUGAUGAACAGGUCCUGAAAUCUGCAGGCCUUGAUGCUUACGUGUUUCUCGCGUUCUUCAAGAUGUCAAUUAAACUACUCACAACAAUUUUCAUCAUAGCAUGCAUUGUAGUAGCUCCUAUCAACAGUCAUUUUGUUUGGCUUCCAUCGCCGGUUGAUGUCAAAGAUCCUCGACAGGAAGAUAGAAACAUUUCACAAACAUUGACAGAAAAUAGUUUCGAGUACCAGUACGCACCAUCAGUGUUAAUUGAUGAAAAUAAAAACAAUCUCCCAGAUCCAACGUACCUGUGGGCGUAUGCUUUCUUUACCUAUCUCUUUUCUGGGCUGGCAAUUUAUUUUUUAUCGGCUCAAACAAAAUCAAUCAUUAAAGUAAGACAAGGAUACUUAGGAAGUCAGCCGAGCGUGAAAAGUCGGACUUUUAAAUUGUCAGGUAUACCCUUAGAAUUUAGAACUGAAGAUAAGAUAAAAGAGAUGAUUGAGUCACUUGAGAUCGGAAAGGUGCUAAACGUAACAAUUGCUCGGAAUUUGGAGAAACUUGACCAUCUUGUGGAAAAAAGAUAUCGCGUAUUAAGAUUGCUGGAAGAGUCAUUAGUGGUAUAUCAAGGAAAGCAAAAGUACAUGAGACGAUUUGAAAAUCAAAAUUCAACACCUAACUACGAAGCUGAUGGAGGAAACAGUAAUGAAGAAAGUCAUGCCUUAUUGGGUACUACCAACGCCACAGAUUCUGAAAACCUCGGACCGAGAAUAACAGUUUGCCCUCAAACACUCUGUAGGAGAAACAACAAAAUUGACGCAAUCCGCCUUUAUGAAGAAGAGCUUAUGGACUUAGAUGACGAAGUUAGAAUUGCGAGAAAGGAAGUGUAUCCAGCGACACCGAUAGCAUUUGUCACGAUGGACUCUAUUUCUGCCUCUCAAAUAGCCGUGCAGACAUUGCUGGAAUCUUCGAUGAAUCUAACUGCGAAAUUGGCUGCUGCUCCUACUGAGAUUUUAUGGUAUAAUACUUACAGGUCCCGCUGCAACCGUAUGAUUCGUUCUUGGAUGAUCACAAUUUUUAUUUUUGUUCUAACAAUUUUUUGGGUCGUUCCUGUUGCAGCUCUUGCCGGGCUAAUUGAUCUAUGUUCAAUUCAAAAAGUCUGGCCUCAGCUCGCUGAUGUCCUGACGAGGCAUGAAAUUUUGAAAUCUCUAGUUCAAACAGGCCUACCAACUCUUAUUGUAUCAUUACUUAAUCUUGGUGCUCCCUUUCUGUACGACUUUCUCUCAUACAAACAGGGGAAGAUUUCUCAGGUAGAGAUUGAACUAUCUGUGAUCUCUAAGAACUUUUUUUUUAUAUUUUUUAACGUGUUUUUAACUUUCACUGUUGCCGGAACAGCAACAAAAUUUUGGUCUACUCUUCAAGACACCCUAAAAGAUACCACGUUUCUUGCUUUCAAAUUAGCUGGAUCAGUUCAAGAAGUUGCUGUCUUUUAUCUGAAUUUUAUCAUUUUGCAAGGUAUUGGUCUCACCCCACUCAGACUCCUAGAAUUCGGUAGUAUGAGCCUUUAUCCAUUUUUUCGCAUGACUUCGAAGACUCCAAGGGAUUAUGCAGAAUUUAUGCAACCUCCAAUUUUUAAAUACGGCUUCUAUCUUCCAUCUGCAAUAUUCAUAUAUAUCUUGUGCAUCGUUUACUCUGUUUUACCUGUUGGCUACUUAAUUCUGAUGGCUGGGAUUAUAUAUUUUAUUAAUAGCUACUUCACCUAUAAAUAUCAGCUACUAUAUGCCAUGGAACAUCACAAACACGAAACCGGAGGUGCUUGGCCAAUGAUAUGUUACCGAGUACACAUUGGCCUUGGUAUCUUUCAGAUAGUCAUGGCAGGAAUAAUUGCUCUCAAAAGUCAAAUUUACGCUGCUAUUACUAUAGUUCCUCUGAUAUUUUUCAAUAUAUGGUACAGUUAUUAUUUCAGCCGAACCCAUCAUCCGUUGAUGAAUUUUAUUGCUCUGAAAUCUAUACAAAAAGAGGUCAAUGCCAUCACAGAAAUUUCUGAUGAGAAUAUAGCUACAGACAACAUUUUUUAUGGGGCAAAUAGAACAUUAAUCUCAAACAGUGUGGAAGGGAAAGAAAGGCAGCAAUUCAUGAAUUCCAAUCUAACUGCCCCGCUAUCCAGUCUUUGGAUAAACAGUCAGCCAGAAUCAAACCACGGGUCUACUUUUGCUCAGAAUGAAGGUCACAAUGACUUUUUUCCAAACACUUCGCGAGGAAGCAGCUUGUUAAGUCUUGGUGACACUCACGUAUGGCGCGAAAACGAUUGA